GGGGGGAGGGCGGGGCAGCUCUCGCGAGGCUGAGCCCGGGCUCGCGGGGUUGUCAGCGCGCGAUUGUAGCUGCCUGGCGGCGGGAGAAGUAGCGCUAGAGCCAAAGAACGUGUGUCUGCGCUCGCGUGGUCAUGGAGGCGCUGGGGCUGCCGCCAGCCGCGAAGACUUCAGCCCCCAGCCGGAGCUUCCGGCUGCUGCUGCUGCCACUACUGCUGUUCCUGCUGCUGGCCCAGACUCUGCGGGGCUUGGAGGCAGAGGAGAGGCCCCGAACCCGUGAAGAGGAGUGCCACUUCUACGCGGGGGGACAAGUGUACCCGGGGGAGGCGUCCCGAGUUUCGGCCGCCGACCACUCCCUGCACCUCAGCAAAGCCAAGAUUUCCAAGCCAGCACCUUAUUGGGAAGGAACCGCUGUGAUAAAUGGAGAAUUUAAGGAGCUCAAGUUAACUGAUUAUCAUGGAAAAUACCUGGUUUUUUUCUUCUACCCACUUGAUUUCACUUUUGUGUGUCCAACUGAAAUUAUUGCCUUUGGUGAUAGAAUUGAAGAAUUCAGAUCCAUAAACACUGAAGUGGUGGCAUGCUCUGUCGAUUCACAGUUUACCCAUUUGGCCUGGAUUAACACCCCUCGAAGACAAGGAGGACUUGGACCAAUAAAGAUUCCACUUCUUUCAGAUUUGACCCAUCAGAUUGCAAAGGACUAUGGCGUAUAUCUGGAAGAUUCAGGCCACACUCUUAGAGGUCUCUUCAUUAUUGAUGACAAAGGGAUCCUAAGACAGAUUACUCUCAAUGACCUUCCUGUGGGCAGAUCAGUGGAUGAGACCCUGCGUUUGGUUCAAGCAUUCCAAUACACUGAUAAACAUGGAGAAGUCUGCCCUGCUGGCUGGAAACCUGGUAGUGAAACAAUCAAACCAGAAGAUGCCAUGAAAGCCUGGUGGCCGAGAGAAGAGCUAUAAUCCCAGAUCCAGCUGGAAAACUGAAGUAUUUCGACAAACUGAACUGAAAAUACUUCCUCAGGCCACGAUGCUUGAACGCCUUCAAUAAAAGGCGCCAUGUUGUUACCACA